AAAUUACUUUUCUUGGAAAUCAAAGUAGACACUUUUCUCACAUUGAACAGAAAGCAAAAUAAAGCUAAUGAAGUUUUUUUUUUUUUUUCUUUCUCUAAAUGAAUGCAAAUAGUAACAUAAAUAAGAAAACAACAAAAAAAAUGCUGUUGAAGGUUGAGAGAUGGCAUAAUCAAUACGCUAAUGUUGAAGAAGCCAGACAUGCAUGCAUUUAGUUUUCGCUGCUUGUUUUAGCUAUUUCGUCUUCAUCCUCAACUUCUCCAUCACUCGUAAUUGAAUGGAGACGCAAUUGCUCUUCAUCUCCGUCAAUCUAUUCCUUCUAGCAGCUCCCGCAAUCGGAUCUACCUCUCCACCAAUUUUCAUUUUCGGCGAUUCGAUCCUCGACGCCGGGAACAAUCACUACAACCCUAAUUGCACCGUUCAGGCCGAUUUCCCGCCGUACGGAUCCACCUUCUUCCGCCGCCCCACCGGAAGAUUCACCAAUGGCAGAACCGUCGCCGACUUCAUCUCUGAGUUUUUGCGCAUUCCUCUGCAAAAACCAUACAUGGAGAUUAUGAACGGAUCGGAAAAGAAUUUUCCGGCGAACGGGAUCAACUUCGCCAGCGCCGGCAGCGGAGUUCUUCCGGCGACCAAUAAUUUUUUUGGAGUGACACCAAUCCAAGUCCAAGUGCAACAAUUCCAAUCCCUUGUUGCACAAAAUAAAAUAGGCAAAAAAGGGGUGAAAGAUUCCAUGAUCUUCAUAGAAUCCGGCUCCAACGACAUCUACAACUACUUCUACCCCUUGGAUCCACCAACGUUAACACCGGAUGCCUACGUGCAAUCCAUGGUGGCGCAGGUCGGGCACUUGGUCGACGCAGUCUACAACCUCGGGGGCCGCCGCGUGGCCGUGUUCGGGCUGGGCCCCGUCGGCUGCGUGCCGGCGAGGUCGCUUCUGCACGGCGCGCCACUCGGAAAAUGCUACGGCAAGAUGAAUAAAAUGGUGAAGAAUUAUAACAUGGGUUUGCAGAAUUUGGUGAAUGCUUUGCCUCGCAGCCACCCCGGCGCCGUUGCUGUUUUUGGAGCUGUUUAUGAAACUAUCCAAAUCUUUCGAGCCUAUCCCACUCGUUAUGGAUUUGUGGAUGUGGAGAAAGCUUGUUGUGGAAAUGGGAAACUAGGAGGAGAGGUACAGUGUGGGAAGGAAGGCUACAAAGUGUGUAAAAAUCCAAAUCAAUAUUUGUUUUGGGAUUUCUUCCAUCCGUCGGAACGAACUUACAAGCUCAUCGCCAAGGCCUUGUGGGCGGGCGGCCCCACUCGUAUUAGGCCCUUCAAUCUCAACACACUCGCCAAUAUGUCUCUCGUCUAAUAAAUUUUCUAAAUUUCACUGUCAAAAAAAAAUAAAUUUUCUAAAUUUCAAAUUUUAUUGUUGCUUGUCACUUAAACUAUUGAAAUGUGUGUUACAUUCAAUUUGGAUUGGAGGAUUUGAAAUUAUUCAAAUUUUAG